UGCCCCGCGCGAGUUUUCGCUCGCUACACGACAAGGGGACGGAUUCCGUAUCGCUGAUGCAGGAGCAGAGUUCAUCGAGGCUGCUCGUGUUUGUUCGAAAUGUUUUCGAUCGGUUGAGAAAUCGGCAAGCCGUGUAAGCGAUUUUUAAGGAAAGUAUACCUGCUGAAGUCAUCACUCGACGAGCUCACGAUCACGCGGACGAUACAGUACUCGGCAGCUUUUUUCGUAGUGCAUACUUUACAUUUGUCGUUACUGGUGAUACGUUUGUUUAGCUCUUCGUUGAGUCUUUCUUGAAUGACGUCGAGGAAGCGCUGAAGCUGCUCUUCCGUGUAGCUUUUGGAUUUGAAUAAGUCCCAGAAUGAGCUGUUCAAAUCUGAAGAGUCUUCCGAACAGUCGCAGUCGUCGCUUCGAUACACCGGUACAAUCGCUUGUCGUCCGGAUGUACAUUUCGCAGAGCUCGAGAAAGUGACAAUUUUUGCUGCGAAUUCAUUCCACUCCAAUCGUGUGGGCCCACCUCUGCAGAACCUGUUCUCUUUUGCGACGGAGAGAGGUUAUAAACCAAUUUUGAUGGAAAUCGUAAACGAACUGAAGUUCAUCUCUUAGCGAGCACAACAAUGAAGCGAGUCAUUUCUUUUUUUCCGAUUCGUAAAAGCGAAUCUAUACCUGCGCAAAUCGCACUCUGACGUCUUUGGAUCGGGCGUCCGCAUAUACUCUUAUUGUUGAACAUGCAAAUCGAGUGAAAAAUAGAGAAAAAAAGGUUUGCCUCGAGGAUCUCAUACGGAUCGGAAAAACUCUGCCGGCGAUCAUUAUAAAAGAGUCCGAAUGCAGUGGCGAUCGAUCUAAUCGGCGCGAAGCUGUCGAAUCGUGUAGGCAUACCGAGAGCAGCCGAGAACAAUGUCGAAGUACGGAGUUUACCUGACUGUGUUGGCGGUCUUGUUGAUGGUCGGUGUAACUCAAGCGCAAGAGAAGAAAGAGGAGAUCGGGGACCAUUAUCCCAAGGCGUGGCUUGAAAUAGACUUCAAACCGAUCGUGGACAACGACAGGCUCUUCAAGAAGUACAAGGAGUGCUUGCUAGCGGAUAAGCUCUCUGGAUGCCCUCGAGACGUAACUCAAUUCAAGAAAUUGAUUCCUGAAAUAAUCGAGACCGAGUGCGCCAAAUGCCUGCCGGAGCACAUAGCGAAGUUUAAGGAAGGCUUAGAAUACAUAUGCCAGAAGCGAAGAGCUGACUACGAAGAGGUACGCAAAAUAAGAGACCCGAGCGGAGCGCUUCGAAGAAAGUUCGAGGAGAAGUUUGGCAGUAUCAAUUGCUGAUUCUCAAACUAUACCAAAACAACAGCUGGACUAUAGUCGAAUCAAUAAUUGUCAUACCGACUGAUGAAUAUACUGCGAUCGAUUAGUAAUUAUACGCCUGUAGAAGAGUCAAAGAUAUAUAUUUAGGUGCUGCAAAUGAGAAUCGUUAUUAUGGUUUUAUAGAAAAUAAAAAUAAUUUUGCACUGUCAUAGAA